AUGGCCGAGUUCGGCGCAGGUUGCGGCGGCGACCGUGGCUUGGCGCUGGCGGCCGGAUCCACAGUGGCGGCGCGCCGUUUCGUCGGAGCAGAGGCGGUCGCGCCGUUUCGGCUUAAAGCACAGGCGGUCGCACCCCUUCAGCUCGAAGCACAGGCGGCUGCGCCCCUUCGGCCCGGAGCAGAGGCGGCUGCGCCCCUUCGACUCGGAGCAGGUGGCUGCACUCGCUCGGGCGCCCCUUCGACUGGAAACAGCGGCGGCGUUGGUGUCACGCUCUCACGUUGUGAGUCCGUGACCCGUGAGAAACCGUCCGUGGGAGGGGAUGGGGACUGGGAAGGGAUAAGAUUGUGCCCUUUUGCACCUGAACCUUUCCAUUUUCUCUGA